GGAUAUUUCACCAAAAAAUGGCAGUGAAGUAUUUUUCUCACGUGAAAUUUAUGAAAAAUAUUCAUUGGCUCCAAGCCUCUCUGAACUAUGGCAUUUAUCAAACAGAGAGACAAAGAAAAAUGUGGAGGCAUUGGCAAACUCUUUAGAAAACAGGCAGACUUGUGGCAUGCAGGCUGCAGAUCCAGUUGAAGUGGAGGCUAAAAGCACAACUGACGAUUAUCCUUUUCCAGAACCUAGACUCCCCUAUCCAUUUACCUCUUGUUUGACUGAAAAGGAGCAGAAAACAUACUUAUAUCUGAUGACUAAGUACUCAAAAAAAAAAAACCAUUUUCAAGUUAAUGCAGCAAGUCAAAGAGAAUUAUUCACGUAUCUGCAAAUGAAAGAAGUAGUAAACAAUGAAAUUGCAGAAUUUAUGAAAUUUGCCCAAAACGCUGCAAAAAGCUGCGCCCAAGAUUAUGAUGCCAUUUCUGAAGAUGCAGUACAUUACACUGAGGAAUUAUUACGUGCUUGUCUUGGACAUGUGCAAAAGUAUCCUGAGUUUUACACGCUUCAGGAGAUCAUGAGUAUCAUGGGAGGAAAGUUUCAUACACAGUUGACCUUUAGGCUGGAAAAAAAUCUUCUUGUAAUG